AGUGAAUGCUACGCCAAAGUCUUGCUCAACUACGGCUAUACAGCCACAAAAUUGAUUUGACGCAAGCUUUCGAUUUUCUGCCAGCAACAAGUUCGGACCUGCCUGAUAUUGUCGAUUUUUGCACAGGCAGCUUCAUUAAAGAAGAGCCUCACUCAAGGGCUCUUGGCAUGAAACCUGAAACCUCAAAGCCUCUAUUUGAGUAUAUUGCUGCAAAAUACCUACACUAUCCAUAUUCCUAUCGUGUACACGAAAAGGGUACGAAGAAUCUUAUCGGUGUUCGUCUUCUAUCCAUUGGACACAGAGAUUACAGCUUAGAUGUAGAACCGAUUCCGUUCGUCACACCUACUGAUCCCGCGGUAGCACGAAUGUGUGAGAUAUUGGAUCAAUCAAAAGAUGCACUCUGGAAGGCUCUUGAUUCGUCCAUCAAUAAAGUUGUAGUCCGCGAGAUCACCCACAUUGUACCAAGGCAUCAGCGGAAGGGCAUAGCUAAUUACUUACUUCAUCUUGGACUGGAUUUUGUCCAACUCAGGAAGCAAGGAAUUCAAGGAAUAACAUCAGAGGCUUCGUCGCAAGCCAAUCAAAGUUUGUUGGCUAAAAAUGGAUACAAAUGUAUAUAUACGCCUAACUACAAGCUCAAGAUGGACGAUGGUACUAAGACUAUAAUGGUUUAUUUCAAAGAUCUCCGGUGAAGUGACACUAAACGCGACAAUUUACAAUAUAAUAUAACUAAACUAGCUUGCACUUGUUCCAUUGUCUCAAUUUCUUAUCGUCAUGUCCACAAGCUACUGCAUACUCUGUCAGUGAUUACAAUCUAUUAAAAGCUGUGAGCCAUUGCCUUU